AUGACACUCUUUCUUCACAAAUCAAUUCUUCUUCUUCUUCUUCUUAUCAUCCAAAGUGUUGCAUGUUUGAGCAUAGAAAAUGACACCAUUUCAACCGGAGUAGUGAUCAAAGAUCCACAAACCAUCACAUCCCAAAAACAGAUUUACAAACUAGGAUUCUUCUCUCCUCCAAACACCACCAACCGCUACUUAGCCAUCUUCUUCGCCUUCUCCCAAGAAACCGUGAUUUGGGUCGCCAACAGAGACACACCCCUCACCGAUUCUUCCGGCUCCGUUACUCUCUCCCGGGACGGUAAUCUCGUGCUCUUGGACGGGACCAAUCGAACCGUCUGGUCGACUAAUCUCACAACAUCAUUAGUCAGUCCAGUAGUCCAAAUCCUGGACACUGGCAAUCUUGUCUUGCGUGAAGAGGCCUCUGGAGACACGCUGUGGGAGUCUUUCUCACAUCCCACGGAUAUUCAGGUGCUGGGAAUGCCGUUAAGCCAGAACGUCAAGACAGGGAAGCAAGUGCUGCUGACGGCGUGGAAAAACGCCACGGACCCCGGGGCAGGGCGCUUCACCGGUGGCCUGGACGUCACGAGCGGGACCCCACAGCUUUACAUCAGGGAUAUUGAGGGGCGCCCGCGCUUGAGGAGCGGGCCGUGGAACGGUUACAUUUUUCUUGGGAUGAAGAGACUGUUCUACGCCCACUUGGAUGGAUUCAAUCAUGUUACGAAUGACACUGCUGGGAAUUUCUUCUUCACCCCGCAGCUGAUGAAUGAUAGGCAUAUAAUAUCCAGCGUCAAUUCUUCAGGAAGUAUGGAACGGAAGGUGUGGAAUGGGAACAAAUGGGACUUGGUGUUGGUCGCUCCGGAAAAUGAGUGUGAUGUUUACGGCAAGUGUGGGCCGUUUGGUAGCUGUAAUAUCAUCGCAUCGCCUAUUUGUAGUUGUUUGAGAGGGUUUGAGCCUGUAAAUGAGGAUGAAUGCAGGAGAGGGAAUUGGACUGAUGGUUGUAGGAGGAAGAGCCAGUUGCAAUGCGGAGGAGAUGGAUUUGCGAUGCUGCAGAAUAUGAAGGUUCCGGACUUUUCAAAACCCUUGCCUUCUAUGCUUCAAGACGAGUGUCGGGCUGUGUGUCUGAGGAACUGCUCCUGCAUAGCUUAUGCUUAUGAUGGUAACAUUGGUUGUAUGUUUUGGAGAGACACCUUGAUUGACACUCAGGAUUUUGGUAGUGUUGGUGUUAGCCUCUACAUUCGUCUCUCUGCGUCUGAAUUUGAUAGCCGCAAGGAGAGAAAAUUGCACAUCAUAAUUGGAGUAGCUGCGGGUUUUGUUUGCAUAUCUGUUAUGAUGUUUAUUUCAUGGUGGUUUAUACUGAAGAGGAAAGGAGACAAAGUGAAAGAUACAAGUAUUGUUGAAGCAGGCCAAAUGUUCGUGACGGAUUCAACUGCAAUCGUACUUAGAAAUGAGACAAAGGAAGUAAAUAUUGGUGAGUUGCCAAAGUUCACUUUUAAGAUGCUUGCUAAAGCAACAAAUCAGUUCCAUGAAGAAAAUCUUCUUGGAAGGGGUGGUUUUGGUCCUGUUUACAAGGGAGUUCUGGCAAAAGGGAAAGAAAUCGCUGUGAAGAGACUAUCAACAGAAUCUGGACAAGGCAUGCAAGAAUUCAUGAAUGAAGUGAUUGUGAUAUCCAAACUCCAACACAAGAAUCUUGUCAAACUUUUGGGAGGUUGUGUUGAGAAAGAAGAGAAGAUUCUGAUAUAUGAAUACAUGCCAAACAAAAGCCUGGAUGCUUGUCUCUUUGGUCCUACAAUUCGAACAAAGAAGCUGUUAGAUUGGAAUAUGCGUUCCAGCAUCAUCGAGGGCAUUGGGCGAGGCAUUUUGUACCUUCACAGAGACUCAAGACUAAGGAUCAUUCACAGAGACCUCAAACCAAGUAAUGUUCUGCUAGACCAAGACUGGAAUCCAAAAAUCUCGGAUUUUGGUAUGGCAAGAAUAUUCGGAGGCAAUGAAGACCAUGGCAGCACUGCAAGAGUCGUGGGAACAUACGGAUACAUGGCGCCAGAAUACGGAAUGGGAGGCAGAUUUUCUGAAAAAUCUGAUGUAUACAGCUUUGGGGUGCUGAUAUUGGAGAUUGUGAAAGGAGAAAAGAACACACACUAUUUCAAUGAUGAUUUGUCCUUGAGCCUUAUAGGAUGUGCGUGGAAAAUGUGGAGUGAGGGUAACGGUUUGUGUUUCGUGGAGGAAAGCAUUGCAAGUAGAGAGACGGAGGAAGAGAUGGUUCGAUGCAUUCAGAUAGGGCUGCUUUGUGUGCAAGAAUAUCCCAAGGAUAGGCCUUCCAUUGAAAUUGUGCUGUCGAUGCUGAGUCGUGAUAUAAUUGAGCUGCCACUGCCUAAGCAACCGGUGUUUGCGGAUAAUGGUUCGACUCCAGGACCUGGAUCAACGAACCAAAAUGUUUUCUCCAAUAACGAACUCACUCUCACUGUUCUUGAUGGAAGAUGAAUCUAUUUAUGAAUGUAUCGUUAUUAUCUUUUAUCAGCCCAAUACCGUAAGUCACAUUCGGCCCACCUACGGAUGUCAUCGACGACAACAUGAAGGGCGCCCAUUGCCGCCCAAAGUGCAACACAUGCCGUCCUCAGCCUUUACGUGAUUAUAUAUGUUUGAUUUCAUGUCAUAAUAUUUA